AUGGAGGUGGGGUGCUACGCUUCCGUCCCCGAAGCCCUCACCUACAGGCGCAAGCUGCAUGCGAGCUGCGCCUGCGGCCCCAGCUACACCAUCAAGCCGGGCGACUCGCUGGAUGCCAUUGCCAAGUCAUGCGGCUCCACCGUCGAUGACCUGGCUGCCACCAACAACAUCCCCAACAUCGACAUCAUCACCGUCGGUACCGUUCUGACCAUCCCCGGCUGCGGUAGCGGCGGGCAGACAGCAUCAACAUCAUCCAGCUGCACCUGCGGCCCCAGCUACACCAUCAAGCCGGGCGACUCGCUGGAUGCCAUUGCCAAGUCGUGCGGCUCCACCGUCGCUGACCUCGCUGCCACCAACAACAUUUCCAACAUCGACCUCAUCACCGCCGGUACCGUUCUGACCAUCCCCGGCUGCGGCUAA